AAGAUGUCACCUAUUCACUGCUGCAUGAAGUUUUCUUUCAUCCCAUCUGACUAUAACAGCAUCUGAAGUCGUGAUGUCUAUAUUUACAGAGCCUGUUUCUGUGCUUACCUGAAACUCACAUUAUCCUCAUAUAGUUUGCUUCACCAUCCUGUGCACUCCGAUGUUUUCGCGCUGAGGUUGCAUUCCAGCCCUCCUCCCUUCCUUUCUUUUCACAUUUUUAACUUCUCCUUGCAAUAUCUGUCCAUAAUGGGCCCUCCAGGCCUUGUGACUCAUCUAUCUGAGCAAUAUCCACAUUUACGGCAUCCCAUGGUAACAGGGACCUUUCGACGUAUCUAUCACCUUCGACCAAAGACUCGCAGAUUAAAAGUCCUCUGGAUCACCUUCGUGGGCUUUUUUCUUAUAUAUUUUCUAUCGCGACGAGGCUCUUUUGGUUCUAUUGGUAUACAAGGUGAAUCUACACCCAAUUACUGGGCAAAAUACCCGUCCUAUUUUCCAUUGUCCAAUCGGCCUGAAGACGCCGUCGUUAUUUCGAAUCUGAAACCGUCCACGCUCAACGAGACGACUCUUCCAAGCAACUUGCAGAAAACCAAUCCGUCCUUCCAUGUCCUCAUACCUGCUACUCAGAAGAGUCCUAGGCUCUGCCGGACGGUGGCCUCCGCGAUGAUUUUGAAUUAUCCGCCUCCCACGCUGCUCGGGUAUGGCAGGUCACCACAGAAGGGUUCCACGCAGUAUGAUCUGUUGGUGGAUAGAAUCAACGGGACAUACAAGUACCUGAAGUCUUCGCAAUACGUGCACGAUGAGGAUUUCGUGCUGAUUGUCGGCGGGUCGGAGACCUUUUUCCAGCUGCCUCCGGAGGUGCUGGUGAGGAGGUUUCAAACCCUCCUGAGAGAGAAUAAUGAGAAGUUAAGGAAGAAAUAUGGAUUCGCGACGGUCGGAACGCGGCUUGGACAACCCAGUCCGAUAGAGUCGGUGCAGAAGUAUAUGCAGAGGGUCUUGUUUGGGGCCAGCAAAACUUGCUUUCCGAACCUCACUGAUGAUGUGGGUUGUCGUUCCGUGCCCGAGUCUACUUUACCGCCAGAUAUCUAUGGAUGGGAAACGGACAGCAAACCUAGUGGAAAGAGCCACAAUCGACCACGGUGGCUGAAUCCGGAUGUCGUGAUCGGCCAAGCGGGGGAUCUGAAGUUGAUUUACGAACAAGCGCUCCGGUUUGUCGAACAACACCGGAACCUCAGUGGUGACUAUUUAGCCUUGACGCAGAUCUACGGACGGCAGGAAUACGUGAGAGAGUUGGAGAGAAGGAGAACUGCCCACCCAUUUAAAGAAUGGCUGUACCGAAAGAUCGGUAUCUCAGAUGCCUCGAACAUAACAGGCGUCAAGCUCCCACUCGUUCCCGGCCGACGAUACGAGUACGGGAUCGGUCUUGAUUUUGAAUCUCGCCUCUUCUUCAACACGCGACUCUCUCACAACGAUGCAGCAUGGUUCGAAUACAGAAAUGUCACAAAAUCAUCCAAAGCUCAAGCUGACCAUGGCGUCCCGCGAGAAAGACGUCUCCUCCUGCCCCCCGACCUGGCAGCAGAGAACAUCGAUAAUCCCUUCACACAACCCCGACUUAUCCCAGACGAGAGCAUCAACCAGCCAUUCGACGCGGCUCUCGACGCUCUCCCAAGUCCCCGAGAACGCGGAUGGCCCGACGUCAAAUUGAUGACUAACGUCCGUUCCGCAUCCAUUCCCGCGCUCAUCCACCUGAACAACGGUGAUCCCCUCGACAACUGGUGGUCGGAUAUGUGGUUCUCCCCAUGGACGCGCGCAUUGCUGCGCAAAGCCAUCCGCUCCUCGCGCGACCUAGCCGCCGCGCAAUCCUACUUGAUCGGUGGCCAGGAUUCAUGGGACUCACGCGGUGGAGCUGGCGGCGUGUGGACGGAUAGCGGGGAGUGGAUCAGUUUUGCAGAUCUGAUUUCUGGGUUCGAGAGAGACGUCUUUGAUGAUGAUCGUGGCGGGUGGGGUAUGGAGGGUGGUGUUGCAGGUGGCAGGCAGGGGCCUGUUUAUAACCAAUUUGGCAAACUGGUAAAGGGGACAGAUGAGAAGAAUUAGAUACUUCAUUCAUACAUCCGCGUGUGUCUAGCUACAUAAGGUCUGGAGUUGCGGAUAUUCUGGUUUGGCGGCAGUGAAUAUGUGAGAGGGGCUCUUGGAGAAAGGUUCACUUCAUGUACAUAGCAUAUUCCACAGACACUGGUAUGUUUGUGUUCUUCAUUUUCUCAUGGCCUAUUGAGAAAUCCCAUUUACAGUGAUUGAUAU